UGUGGCCAUGUAAGGGGCUGCGCUGCCCACUACGGGCUAUUAUAGGACAGCAGCUGAUAAGAUGGGAUAUACAAAAACCCACCACAGCAUCGCACCUCUGCCGGGAGUCACUGUUCCAUCAGUCAAACAUGGCGAGCAAGAAAGCCUCAAAUAAAAGACAGAGAGGAGGACAGAAGUCCUGCUCCAAUGUCUUUUCCAUGUUUGAGCAGUCCCAGAUACAGGAGUUUAAGGAGGCUUUUGGUUGCAUCGACCAAGACAGAGACGGAGUCAUUAAAAAGCAAGACCUUAGGGAGACCUACGGCCAGCUGGGGAAGCUAAAUGUCAAAGACGAGGAGCUGGAUGAAAUGUUGAACGAAGGGAAAGGUCCCAUCAACUUCACUGUGUUCCUCAGCCUUUUUGGGGAGAAACUCAACGGUACUGAUCCUGAAGACACCAUACUUGCUGCCUUCAAACUUUUUGAUCCAAACGGGACUGGCUUUGUCAAUAAGGAUGAGUUCAAACGAUUACUGAUGAACCAGGCCGAUAAAUUCUCAGCAGAGGAGGUGGAUCAGGCCUUCACUCUGGCUCCCAUUGACCCAACUGGUAACAUCGACUACAAGUCCCUCUGCUACAUCAUCACACAUGGAGAUGAGAAAGAAGAAUCAUAACAAGCCUUUAUAAUAGGAGCGAUUUGACUCAGAAACCUGAAAAUGUGAUAGAAAACUAGUAACACAUUUUUUAUUAUCUAUUCAAUGGUUCGGCUGCUAUAAAUGGUGGUAAUAAAAUACUGAAAAACAA